AUGGGGGUUACUGCUGGGACGGUUACCAGAGAAUUAUGUGUCUCUCCCCUUGUCCAGAACAAGCUAGAGCUGGAGGGGAGGGUGUUUAGGGAGGGGUUGGUACAUGAUGCUGUGUCCCUGCUGUGUGUGCAGGACCCCAAGUACCCAGCAGAGAACCUGCUGAGUGAGGAUAGCAUACGGCUGACAGCAUACGGCUGCCCCAAGGAUCACAGCAGGCAGCUGAGCGUGGAGCUGUGACUAAAGAGAGCCAGUCCCAUUGGCUAUGUUGAUGUUGAUACUUCCCUCUGCACCUUUCUGCAGUUUGUGGUGGGAUGCUGGCCCUGUGACCAGCCCUAUCUCACCUUGGUGCCCACUGUCACACUGAUGACACCAGCUGACUCAAAGCUGGACCAGAAUCGCUGCAGGGUUCAGAUGUUAGUAGAAGCAAACAAGUCCCUGGGAACUUGGCAUGUUCAGUCGUGUGCCUGUCUCCAGAACUGCAGCAGUCUGCAGCUCACCUGUAGCCAGCCCUUUGGUCCAUGCAGCUGCUUUGGGCUCUCCUUCAUCCGCCUGUGCAAACCACAGGGUGUGGCCUGGAGCCCCUUGAGGUGCUUCCUUGGACCCCAGAGCCCCAGCUCCCGCCAGCUUUGUCCUCCUGCACGGCUGACACUCCCUAUCCCCAGGAGAUCCAGGGAGGAGAGGCAACUGAGGAGCUGCCUGUGGAAGCUGGAAGGGGCUGCCUGGAGCCUGGCCCACCUCAGCCACUCUGCCUGGAUGGUGCUGUUGACAGCGCAGAACCAGGUGCUGAGGCCCAGAGCUGGCACGAGCACCCUGGGGGGUCACCCAAGCUGCUGGCCAAGGAUGUGGGAGCUCCUGCAGUGGUAGGCUCUGCACUGGAUGUCCCUACAGCUCCCUUGAGUACCUGCAGGCAGCUGGACAGGCACUGUGCUCACAGCCCUGCUGGCAGAGCUCCAGCUGCCACCUGAAGGAUGUCCAGGGUGAAAGGAAGAGCUUGAGCCUGUGGCCCCCAAGAGAGAGAAGUCAGGAGGAAUGACAGAGGACAGACCAGCAGUGAUGGGGAGAUAGGUGUCUGCCCCAUCUGCUCAGGUCACUUCCUGCUGAAUCUGCUCCCCACACAUGCCUCCCAGAGUGGAGAAGAACCUGCUGUAGCCUGGCCUUCCUUGUCCCCUGAUGGCUGGGUGCCGUGCCCCAUUUGCCAGCUGCCCUUUGGUGUGGCAGAGGUGGA